GUCAAAGGGUGUCGAGACCAGAGAACUUCAUCACCUUCACUUUACUUGCUGGCCUGACAAAGAUGUGCCGGAGGAGGUGACAGGAAUCGUUGAGUUCAGACAGAGAGUGCAAAAUAUACCUUGCCAAUUUGAUGGUCCUGAGCUCGUUCACUGCAGUGCUGGAGUUGGAAGAACUGGAACAUACAUCGCUCUAGAUAUUUUGACAAAGGAGGGAGAGAGUGAGGGGUCAAUACACAUCCCUGGCUGUGUGAUUAACAUGAGACACGAUAGGGCCAACAUGAUACAGACCACGAACCAGUACAAGUUCUUACAUAGAGCGCCCGUCUGCUCACUGAGCGAUAUCAGCAAACCAAUAAGAGGGAAAUAUUUUCGUCAAUACAUGGGGCAGAUGAGUGAUGAAGACUUCAAUGGACAGUUUCAGGAGAUGCAAACCGUUUUUGGAAAAACAUCAGAUAAUGAACUGCAUGCCGUUGAGGAGAAAAAGAGAAUGAAAGGCAAUUACAGACCAUUUUCUGAUAUACCAGGAGAUCGCAACAGACCCUGUCUGUUCCUCAAGAAUCCACCAGGAGCUUCUGGAUAUAUGAAUGCAGUUUACAUCGAUAGCUUGAAAGCUAGAAAUCGCUUUUUGGUUGUACAAAGUCCUACGAAGGAUAAUGUGAUUGACUUUUUGACACUACUGUACCAGGAAAAUUGUAUAUGUGUCGUAAGCUUUGAACUUCAACAGACAAACAAAAAGUAUGGUCUACUUACAUGA